CACUGUCACGUUCGGCUAAGUGAAGUGGAUCGCCAUGGCUGCGGCUUCAGCUUCUGCAACUUCUCUCUUCCUUCCUUCUUCGUUCAAACUCAAUGCUCCGACGAACAACUCCGUCACGCUUCGAUUUCCUCUCCUCAAUCGCCGUUCCAACGGUUUCAGAAUCGCCGCUUCGGUUUCCGUUUCCAAUCCGAACGUGCGAACAGGCCCUGACGAUCUCGUUGCAUCUAUUCUCUCGAAGGUUGUGCAAACAGAUGGAGGAGUUUUACUGAAGAACGAAGAGCAUAAAGAGGUGGCUGAAGUGGCUCAGGAACUGCAGAAGUACUGCGUGAGUGAGCCAGUGAAAUGCCCUUUAAUAUUUGGAGAGUGGGAUGUGGUGUACUGUUCACGGCCAACAUCACCUGGAGGUGGCUAUAGGAGUGCAAUUGGGCGCCUUUUCUUCAACACAAAGGAAAUGGUUCAAGCAGUCGAGGCUCCUGAUAUUGUGAGAAACAAGGUCACGCUUUCUGUUUUAGGCUUUCUGGAUGCAGAGGUGUCUCUGAAGGGAAAACUCACGGCGCUGGAUAGUGAAUGGAUUAAAGUUAUAUUUGAAGCACCUGAAAUAAAAGUAGGAUCAUGGAAGGUCCAGUAUGGUGGCCAGAGUGAAGUUAAACUUAAAAUCACUUAUGUAGAUGACAAAAUCCGGUUAGGAUUGGGUUCAAGAGGUUCUUUGUUUGUUUUUCAAAGAAUUUGAAAUCGAAAUGGGAUAAGAAAAAAAUUCCAUUCAGGGAAAGUUCUGACGAGUUUGUAUGAUAACGAGUGUAUAUGAGUAGGAGCUUGAAAAAACCACGUUACUCUUUGGCGGCAGAGUUUGUGACAAAGUGGACUCUGUUUUAUGAAGUGCUAUGUAGUUUAAUGAACUAGUAACUGGGACAGUGGCUCAAUCUUUCCAUUUCUUCAUUCCUGAAGGUUAACAUUUGGUUUGAGUGUGAUUAAUCUAUUAUAUUCCUUUAUGUCAAUGGCAAAAUGAGCUCUUUAGGUGGCCAAGGAAGGACAUUAUAAUUAAGUUUAUUUACAUGGGAAACACAUUGAUACUAGUGGCAACGAAACGCCUAUGUUUUGAAUUGCCAAUUUAGUUCAGCUAAUGGGCCUCUCACUUAUGGGUGCAGGACCAACUUAU